AUGAAUACAAAUUCUAACAUGGAAGUUAGUUCAGGAAUAGUUCCUUUGAAUGUGAAAAUGCUUAAUUAAAUAACUUUGGAAGGGAACUAAGUGUAUUAUGAUAAUGUGAAUUUAACAAUUGUUUGUGUUCAUGGGAGAUUUCAGAAAGUAGUCAAGGAAUAAAAUCAGGUCAGGUACAGUAUUUCAAUUAAUGAUGACACUGGGAUUCUGAAGGUUACUUACUUUGCAAAUAAACAAAAUGAAGAUCCAAUUUUGAAAUUGAUAGAUGAUGGCAAAGAUGACCCCUCAUUCUAUUAUAAAUUCACAAUUUAAAUCAAAGUAUUUAAGGACGCCCCUUAUUUUGUGUUGCAACAUUACUUAGCUUCAAAUGUCUCGGAUUGGAUGUAUCACACCAUGAAGGUAAUUGAGGUGGAAGUGCAAUCUCGACCUCCAAUCGACUGGAAAUCAUUAAAGGAUGAACCCUUAGAGAUAUAGAUCGAAGGAUACAUCAGACACAAUAAACGAGCAAACAUUGGGCAAUUGCUAAAGAAAUUCAAUUGUUCUUUAUAAUAAUUGAAAGUGCUAAUCGAUCAACUUAAAAAGCGAUCAGCCAUAGCUGAAUGUUUAAACAAGGAGACAUUUAGAAUAGUUAAUUGA